GCUAGUGUCCCACUGUUCCCUGACCACUAGCCAAUAUCAACCCUCUGAACAUCAUCCACUUCAUGCUUUUUUCAAGUCCUUAUCUUUGCAUACAUCUCUACGAUUGACAACAAGCCACAAUGUUGACUACCAUUAGGUUUCUACUAAUGUUUUCCAGUCAUUUCUGUAUUCUUCCAAGUCAGAGAAUGUAACUGGCUCCACCAGGAAAUAAAAUAGAGGUCAUUGAAGCAGCAGUGACUUCCAAGCUGUUUGCUAAAUUUAGCAGCACAAUACUUUCCACUCUAAUGAAAACUGUACUACAAUUUUAGAAUGUUGGAACAGAAUGGGACUUUAAAGGUCAUUGAGUCCAACCCCCUCAUUUUUCUGAUGGAAGUGUGGAGGCCUAGACAUAGCCAGUAAUUUUCUGGAGGCCACAGAGCUUGUUAAUUAUGAAGAUGGAACUCGAACUAAGAUCUGCUCAGCCCUGCAGUAAUGCUGCCCUCACUACACCACGGAUGCUCUGCCUCCUAGGAUGAGUUUAAACUAACCAGAUCUUAUAGCAUAAACAUAGCUGAUAUUAUUGGUUGUGGCUUACCCUCCAUGGCCAUUCAACUGUUUCGUGGCUGAAUGUGAAAUAGCAAAGGUGUCUGACUUAUAAGUUGCUGAGAGAAAUGAUUCCAUACCCAAACCCUGCCCCCAACUCUAAAAACUUCCUGCUUGAUGUUCAUCAAUAAUGAAUGGCCCAUCCCUGCAAUACUCAGAGGGAGCUUACAUUGCACUUUUGAGCAGCCGGUUAGUAAUGUACAGUGUAUAGAGCCCUUCUUUCAAAUCCCAGGGCAGUGGGUCCUUCAAGGCUAGCAUUGCAUUUUCAAUUAGCUGCUGAGUGAAUGCUUGGCAUGUGUAUUAGUGAAGAGGCACACAAUUAGCGUAUUGUUCCUUUCUGUAUUGUGCUGAGAGGAUCCAAGGGAUUGGUGGGGGAACCGGCAAGCCAGGCACCACCGUGGAUGUUGAAGAAGGGGGUUACUCAAACCUCGGCAUCUUCACUUGCUUGCUCUGGAAUUACAGCUAUUUAUUACGAAGCACUCUGUGUGGCUUAGUGGAGUGUGUCUGAGGAAACACAUCCCGGACACCACUUAGGGUUAGUCUUUCUGAGCUCUUCACAUCUCUGACUAAUUAUCAUCAUUACCAUGGAGCCCAACAGUCCCAAAAAGAUACAGUUUGCUGUGCCUGUAUUCCAGAGUCAGAUUGCACCUGAAGCAGCAGAGCAGAUCAGGAAAAGAAGACCUACACCAGCAUCACUUGUGAUUCUCAAUGAGCAUAACCCCCCAGAAAUAGAUGACAAGAGGGUGCCCAACACACAAGGGGAAUUACAGAAUGCAUCCCCUAAGCAAAGGAAGCAGAGUGUGUACACACCACCCACCAUAAAAGGGGUUAAGCAUCUGAAAGGCCAGAAUGAAUCAGCGUUCCCUGAAGAAGAAGAAGGCACCAAUGAAAGAGAGGAGCAGCGGGACCAUUAAUUACUGGUGCAAAAUGAGUUGAUAACAACCAGAAGUUGACUUGUUAGUGCUGUGCUUCUACUUGAGCUUGGAAAAAUCCCAACACAAAACAAACACCACCUCCGAUCCCAUCAUGAUGCCACGUUGCUUUCUGCUGGAUUACCUCCUGAAGCACUUUAGAUAUUUUAUACAUAAGUAUUGACAUGUUUUUCAGAAGCUGUUUCUUCACUUAUUGCUUUUUUCUAAUAAUUUAUAUUACACCAUUUGCCAAGUUCUUCCCUUUGGUUUUAGUUUAUUUCUCUCUACAAUUAAAAAAGGGAUGUUGAGUUUAGGUAAAUUUUAAGUGAUUCAUUUUUAGUUUUUCUAAUUCUGGAAUCUGAGCCUUCUCUUACAACAGGGAGUCUUUCAAGCACUUUUUUUUUGUUUCUUUUUCAAAUUCCACUGUGUUUAUUUAUUGCCUUGUUUCUUUUUCAAAUUCCAUUGGUCUUGAUUUAAUUUAGUUCCACAGAUUUUAUUGAUAGUCUACUACCUGCCAACUACUGAAUUAUACAGCAGACUUAUAAAAAUAAAAAGGCUAUUUUAUUGUUAUUGCCAUCCUGCUAGUAAAGAUUUAUUCAAUUAUUUAUAAUUAAUUAAGUGGCUUCACCUAUGUUUCUCUGUUAAUAAUCACAUUAAAUAUGUAUGACAGGUAGGAUUUAUGUUAUAGAUAAGAAAACUAGAGUCCAGAGAAAAUAAGUGUCCCCAAAUGAACCAAUAAUCCAACAAACGCUUCCACUAACUAGCUUCUGACCUGUUUGAGUUGUGAUAGAUUUUAGAAUAAAAAAGCCCAUCCUCCAUAGGAGCCAUAGACUUUUAUUCUUUCUUAUACUCUCUUAUAUAUUGACUUAGAGCUAAACUUCCUCCAAUUCAGACAUAAAGCAUAGGCAGAUACUUUUGCUAAUGAGGCUAAGCUGGGAAGAAAACCCUGAGUUCUACUUUAAUUCUUGGGCACUGACUUCAAACUAAGAUGACUUAUACGAAAUAAAAGAAGUAAAUUUGAAACUUUAAUAAAAAGAGUAUAUGGUUCAUUUAAAAAUGUUUCCUAUGUCUAAAUCUAUAUUUUAAAAAUAACCUUUAUCAUGUAAAAUGAGAGAAUUGCUGAGUUUAUGACAAUCUUAGGUAUAACCUUUUCUUAAAGAAUAAGGCAUCAAUCUUUAAUUUGUUUCCCUUUCUUGAUUUCUCAUAAGUUGCAAAAUAAAAAUAAAAAUAAUUUCACAAAUUGUUCAUUAUUAUUAUCCUCCCUACUUGCCCCAGGAUUUAAGUACUAACUUUUACUUCCUACUCUUAGACUUUGUAUUGCCAAAGAAAUAAAAAUAAUAUGAAAAAGCAUAAUCACCCAGACCUACAUGCGGAAUUGUGGAUUAUGCUGUAGAUAUUAGAUCAUUGAAAGGAACAAUAUGCUACUUAAUGAGGAGCCAAAGACAACAUUCUACCUGCUGCUCCCUUCAAGCUGAGGAAUGAGUUUAAUUGACUUCAAAGUCCCAUUAUUCUCAAAAGUAGCAAAGGUACGACAUGGCUUUGCAUGAAUCAAAGGAAGGGAACAACAAGAACUUAAAAAAAUAGUUUGCAGAUGGUUGAACAUCUCUUUAAUAAUUAGAGAAGAAUAUCUUUUCUUUCUUUAUUGUUUACAGAGACCAACAUUUUUCAAGGCCUUGCAGUAGAUGAGUGAGUCUCCUGUUACUUUCUCCUGCAGCAUAUAUUCUGUGAAUGUGUUUUCCUAAGCAGACUAAUUAUAUGUUGCUCUCUUCUUUUACCCUAAUGAAACAUAGAUUUUUCUAUUUUGAAUUUGUCACUUGUUUGUUACAUUUGUCAAGUGUUUUAAAUAUUGCAUUGGUCCUUUAUUUGCUUUAGAGAACACCCAAUAGUUUAAAAAUUAAAAUGACAUGAAGGUCAAUUCUAAGACAGGAAUUAUACUACUAAAUCCUGGACUUGCAUAUGAUAACAAGCUUGAGCUACACAUUUUUUAUUGUCAGAAUAAAUGGAAUAUAUAGGAAGGAGUUAAUUGGAACCAGUUAGUACCUAAAUGAGAUUUUUCAAAGUAAUUUUUUUGUCGUAUUGGCAGAACAGUGUUAAAAAAUAGACAUUGUCAUCAUAAACACCCACAACUAUAUCUGUAAAAGAUAAUUUAAUGCAAUAUUCUGGGGAAAAUACAGUUGCCAAAAUUAAUCUCCUUGUUUUCUUUCAUUGUGCAAUGUGGAGUGAAAUUUUUUUCUAUUGAGCAGUGUGUGUGUGUGUGUUUGAGUCUGUAAUUUAUAUAUGUGCUUGUAUACAUCUCUAUAUACACAUGUAUGUGUAUGCAAAAUAUGUAUAUAUACACAUAUAUAUAAAAUGUGCACUAAAUAUGUAUAUCUGUAUAUUCAUAAAAUGUUUUGCUGUACGGAAAUAAAAAAGAAGCUUUCUAAAGGAAA